AUGAUUAUUGAGUAUCAAUAAAUUUGGUUAAUAAUUAUGAAUAUUUCUAAUUUUUUCCAGGAAUGCGUCAAUACUGUCAUGGAUACACGACCAAUUCAGUAUCAACCUUCGAUGCAAAUAAGUGAAGGAGAGAUUUUAGUUAAAGGAAAAACAUUUGGUAGAUGGGAAACUAAGAAAUUUAUUAUUGAUGACGAGAAGAGGGUUUUUGCACUUAGGAGUUCUAAUGGAAAAACAAGACUAAAACCCUAUUUUCUGUAGGAGUACUAAGUAUGAAGUUAAGUAUUCUACAUCUUAGGUUGAGAAUAAAGAGAAGAAAAAAGAUAAAAUAACAUUUGAUUUAACUUCGAAAACUGGAGGAAAAUGCUUAACACUUGGGAUCGAAAACGAACAAAAGGCUAACGAGUUCAUUAAUACCCUUCAGGAUCUUUGCAACAGAGUAGAAGUAAAGCAGAACGUGAAUGAAACUAUAUAACAGAAUAUUUAAGAUCAAAGCCAAAACAAUUAGCAUUGUACCAUUAUUAUAAAUUAUAGGGAGAAAUCAAGGUGAAUGAAAUUGAUUAUGAAAUUCCGAGCUUCUUUGAUAUUGGAGAAAUAAGAGAUAGGUAAAAGAGUGUUUUAAAAAUAGUAUCGCUCAUAUAAGGAUGGGAUAACACAAUUUGGAGAAUUUUAAAUUAGUAUUUGAGAAUAAAUUAUUAAUAUAUAGAAAUGAACACAACCAUCAUUAAUUUAAAGUUUUCAUGGAAUUUGACGGUGAUUGUAAUUUUUAUAUAUUUAUUACAAUUACAUAGGCCGAGAUUCAAUUAUUCAGAAUUUAACAGAUUAUAAUAAAAUUAAUUAGUGGAAUGCUUAUAUUAAUGCAUAAGAUAGUAGAAUGAUAAAAGAGUUACAUGCAGAUAAAUCUUUCUUGAUAUGUGAGAUUCGAGAAUUGUCAAACCUAUUCAUCUUUAAAAGAGAAUUUCAAUAUUUGUAGCAUCAUUUAAGAAUCGAUAAUGUCGAUUUUAUUGUAUAAAAAUAAAUUGAUCAAAAAUCAUACACUAAAAACUAUUAAGGAAGUCUUAAAUAUGGUGUCUGGGCUGUUUAAACAAGGUACAAUGUGCAUCUCUAAUUUUAGGGAAAAUACAACCAAACUCUAUUACUUCUCUGAACAAUCUAUGUAAGGGCUCUCUUAUCCCGAUGAAGAUGGCUAUCUUAUAUAGCUAUUUUUAAAACAAAUAAUCAAUAUCUAUUAAUAAAGUAGCAGAUCUUAAUAAGAUAUAUCAUAAAUUAAGUAGAAUGAGCAAAAUCUAUAAGUAUAAUAAUAGAAUCAAAACCCAGCAUUAACAAAAAAAUUAUCAAAUAAAUAAGAAGAGAAGGAGGAGUUCUUUGAUUGCGAGGAAAUAGAUGCUAUGAAUGAUAAAUUGUUUAUGGUUGAGGCAGAUACCAAUAAAAAUAAUGAAGUGCAAGAUGAAGUUGUGAGGGAUGUCUAUGAACAGAACAUUAGAAGAUUGACCUCUCUUCCUUAAUAAGUAGACGCAUUGGACAAUAUUCAAGACUGGGUUGACAAAAAGAUGAAAUUAGUGUUAUCUGGAAAUUAUAAUUCCUACUCCAUUAGUGUUAAACAUUAAUUGUAACCUAAAGAAUAUGAUCCCACAUAACGUUAAUUAUUAACGUAAUAGGAAGGUGGACAUUACAUUUUCAAGAAGGAUUUUAUAAGGGAAGAGAAGAGUGGAGGAUUAAAGGUGAUUAAUGAGGAAAAGUUAGCUGCUUAAAAGGCUGUCAUCAAAUUCUUAUUAACUAGAAUUGGUGCUUCUCUUAUGAUGGGCAAAUCAAUUACUAGCAUAUCGAUGCCAGUAUCUAUCUUUGAGGCUAGAUCAAAUACUGAGAGAGUAUGUAAUAGUAUGGGAUUUGCACCUAUUUAUUUGGAAGAUGCUGCUUAAUCUUAAGAUGUUUAUUACAGGAUUAAAUAAUGUGCUGCUUUUUAAUUUGGAUUUAUAUUUAUGUAUCUAUCUUGUGAAAAAGUAUUCAAUUUACCUAUCAAAGCCCUUCAAUCCAAUAUUAGGAGAGACCUUUUAAGGAUUCUAUGAUAAUUGUCCCAUUUAUUGCGAACAAAUUAGUCAUCAUCCUCCUAUUUGUGCCAUUUAAAUGUAUGGUAGAAAAUACAGGUAAGAUUUAUUUAAUAAUCCCUAUUAGAAUAGAUGCUUAAUUGGAACUGAUUGCUAACUUUAAUUCUAAUUCAGUGGUUGGCAGAAAUGUUGGUACAGUCAAAAUCACAUUCGAAAAUCCUCAUUAAGUUGUAUUGAUCACUUUGGCUCCAGGUAGUUUGAAUGGAACAACCUAUGGAGAUAAGGUUAUGAAUUAUCUUGAAAAGUAAUUCAUAAUAGAUAUAAAAAAUAAAAUAAUUGCUGAAAUUACUUUUAAUCCGGAUAAAAAAUAUUGUCAGUUUUUUGAUGUUGAAUACGUUAAUCAAUUGGACUAUUUGUGUGGAGCUAUUUGUGAUGUGACUGAUGCGGCAAUUUAGAAAUAUCACAAGGAAGGAUAUCGCAAAUACAAAGGGUUGGAUCUAAAAUCAGAUAUCAAACAAAUUAGACAUAAAAUCAAAGGAAUAUGGGUGAAUGAAAUCAAAGUAUUGAUAUUGCUAUUAUACCUAAUAGAUAGAUAAUUAGAAGCUAAUUUCUAUUUACAAUGACUUUCCGGUUAAAAUGUAAUUGGCUUAAUAUCCAAUUCCCUCAGAUGCCAAUUUCAGAAUGGAUUUGCUGUGGUGGAAAUUGAGAGACUUUGAUUAAUCUUAAUAGUGGAAAGAGAAAUUGGAAAUCCUUUAAAGAUAAGACAGGAAGUUGAGGGAACAGAAAGGGAAAAAGAAGAAGUGA